UGCGGUCAUACUGCCACCCACGAUGUCUGCUCCUUCUUCGGCGGCGCGAUCUGCUCUCUUUACCCUCGAGGAUGCCAAGAUCGCUUUCAACAUUUUCUGCUGCAUCUGCGGUAUCGGCUCACUCGGCAUGCCGUCCAACUACGCUCGCGCCGGCUGGGGCUACGCGACCGUCGCGCUCCUGUUUAUGGCCUUUUCAAACAUAUACAGCACCGUGUUGCUGUCCAAGGUAUUGAUGGUCGCACCGUCUUCGGUGAAGACGUACGGUGACCUCGGCGAGUGGGUCGCCGGCAAGUGGGGUCGCUUUUUCGUGGUGGUCUCCCACAUGGGCGUUUGCCUUCUUGCCCCAUGCGCAUUCCUCGUACUUGGCGGUACCCUGCUCGACGUGCUUUUCCCCGAUUCGUUCAGCCAGACCGCGUGGAUCAUCUUCAUGGCUGUUAUGGUCAUCCCUGUGGCGCUGAUCCCCACCCUGAAGGAGAGUGCUGGUAUGGCUGUGGCUGGAUGCCUGGGCACGAUCAUUGCUGAUAUCAUCGGUGUUGCGAUCCUCCUGUACGAGGAGCGCGGCCAUCCUACACCCCCAACGCCUGACGUAACUCUGCACCAGGUUCUCACUACGUUCGGAAACCUGUCGCUCGCAUAUGCUGCAGCAAUUGUGAUCCCCGACCUUCAGCGUCAGCAUUCACAGCCCGAGCGUAUGCCCCGCGUCAUUAUCGUUAGCCUGGGCCUUGCCUCGGCAUUCUUCCUCGCCAUUGCUAUUAUCGGCUACGUUGCUGGUGGAUGUCAGCUCUCCGGCAAUCUGCUUUUUUCGAUCGUGAACACGUCCGACCCCUACAGCACCACAACGCUGGGGUUUACAGCCAACCGCGGGGCGGUGGUUAUGUCGUAUCUGUUCAUGCAACUGCAUUUGUCGAUCGCCUUUUCAACAAUUCUACACCCAGCGUUUUACAUGGCGGAACGUCUCGUGUUGGGAAUGCACAAGGUUGACCCCCUGCGCACCGACAGCGAGGAGCGUGAGGUUGGGAUCGAAGAGAAGAUGUCAUACCUCGCUGCGCCGUCCCCUGCGGCACCCGUCCCCGAUCUCGAGAACAACAACCUUGAGCAGUGUUCGGCGCGUGAGUCGACGACAAAAGAGCAAGACGACCUCUCUGAGUACAAGGGAAGCGUGAACGUGGUCCGUUACGUCCUCGUGCGUAUCGCUCUGAUAGCGAUUCUGACUGUGGCCUCCAUUCUACUGAAGGACCACUUUCUCGAUUUGGUGGAUUUCACUGGCGCAACCGCCAUCACUGUAUGCAGUUUGAUUCUGCCGCUGGUAUUCUAUGUAAAGGUGUUCUGGAGGAAGAUCCCGAUGUGGGAGAAGGCGAUCUGCAUCACUAUCGCCACUAUCUGCGGUGUCGUCGGUUGCUACGUCAUGAUUUACGCAGGAAAGAACCUGUUCAAUCCGGACGACGACUCCGCCACGUUUCCGUACUGCUCAGCCGAGUACCAGGACGAACCUUACUACGUAAGGAAUAGUACGGCUACUAACUAGUUUGCUAGAAUAUACCAACUUCCAUAUUUUCAUUGUUCCAGUCAAUGAAUUCCGUCA